AUGUUUCAAACGUCAAAUAUUGUUUGUCAAAAUGUUCAUUUAACUGAUGAUCUUAAGAUUGGUCUUGAAUAUGAUCGGUUUAAUGGUUUAUUGAAUAUAUUUGUGAAAAAUAUUGGUAAUAAUAAUCAAUUACCAUCUCAUAUUAAUAUUCUAUCAAAUCAAUCGAAUGAUUACGACUUAACUGUGAAUAAGAAUGAAUAUCUUUAUAAUUCAUCUGAAGAUGAUGAACAAGAUAUUGAGAAUGAGAUAACUGAUUUAUCCUACAGGGAUGAAUAUGAGCCAAAGAUUUGUAUCGAAUUAUCAAAUAUCUAUGUUUAUGAUUUAUUCGAUGAAAAUGAAAAUGAUCUUUGUCAAACAGUGAUUACAUCACCACCGUUAUUAUUUUCUUCCUCAUUAUCAACAUCAUCAUCAUCAUCAUCGUGCUUCGAUGAACAGACAACUGAUAACGAUGAUGGAUAUUCAACUCAUUCAUUUGAUGAUAUUGACCACCAUCAUCAUCACCAGGAACAACAACAACAAUCUAUAUCAAUUCUUCCAUCUAAAUUGAUCAUACCGUUUGUUCCUUAUCAACAUCAUUAUUAUCCUGAAGAAUACGUUUCAUCUAUACGUCGACUUAUUGAACAACUUAUGUGGUUAAGUCCAUUCAAAAAAACUGUUAAACAAAUGAUGAUCAAUCAUUUGUUUCAUUAA